GCGAGCUUUGGACCCCUCGAGGCCGAAGGGGGCCGGUGUGGAGGCCCUGGGUUGGGGACGGCGUGAGGUUUAGAGGGUUCGCAUCUCGUUAAAACAGCUCAGAUCUGGUGGAUGGUCUCGACUGAACACUACACACCACAGAAUCCUGCUGCCAUUAUGGAUGCAGUGUCCAAGGGGAGCUAUGAAGAUGUGUACCAGCCCUGCGAGGUCUCUUACAAGCCGGGCAUGGGCUACAGCCGAUACUCAGCGGCGCUCAGGCAGCUUAUACCUGUCCGCAAGACCAAGGUCGAGAAGGCAGCGAUGCCAGUGGACAAUGUUGGAAUGCUGUCCCUCACCACAUUCUCCUGGAUGACAUACAUCAUGUGGGGUGCCUACAAGAAGGGGCUGAAGGUGGAGGACCUGCCCAGGAUCUCGCCACUGGAGAGCUGCGAAUACAAUGCCAGGCGACUUGAGUUUAUGUGGACGGACGAGGUGAAGCGCCACGGCCUGAAGCGAGCCUCGUUCCGGCGCGCUGUGUGGCGCUUCAUUCGGACCCGCAUCUUCGUCGGCAUGUCCGUGUUCAUCAUGUGUCUCAUCAUGGGCCUGCUCGGGCCGACGGUGUUCAUGCGGCGGCUGCUGGAGUACGCGCAGGACCAGGACGCGCCGCUGGUGGACGGCGUCUGCUGGACGGUCGGCCUCAUCCUCUGCGAGAUCCUGCGCGUCUGCUUCUUCACCGUCCUCUGGGGCAUCAACUACCGCACCGGUGUGCGGCUGCGCUCCGCCUGCCUCACUGUGCUCUACCGCAAGCUGCUGCGGCUGCCUGGACUCGGCGACAAGUCGGUGGGACAGGUGGUGAACCUGUUCGCCAAUGACGCCCAGCGGAUCUUCGAUCUGUGCGUGUUCGGCCCGAUGAUCAUCGGCGGCCCGGUGAUCGCGCUCGGAGGCGUCAUCUACAUCGGCCUGCUGCUCGGGCCGUACGCCCUCUUCGGCAUGGUCAUCUUCAUCCUCUUCUAUCCCUUCCAGUUCGGCCUGUCCCGGGUGACGGGCUAUCUGCGCCGCAAGACGAUCGUCGUCACGGACCGCCGCGUCCAGCUGAUGAACGAAAUUCUGGCGGCCAUCAAACUCAUCAAGCAGUACGCGUGGGAGGCCACGUUCGUCAAGCGCAUCACCGAGGCGCGCUCGUCGGAGCGGUCGCUGCUGCAGAAGGCCGCCUACGUGCAGAGUGUCAGCAUCGCGCUGGCGCCGACCGUGCCCGUCAUCGCCGCCAUCGUCACCUUCUUGUCGCACGUCGCUGCUGGCUACAACCUGACGGCUGCGCAGGCGUUCUCGUUCUUGGCGCUAGUGCCAGUCAUUGAGUUAAGCAACCACUGCAUACUGUUCGGCUCCCGGGCCGCCGUCGAAGGCGUGGUCUCCGUCGAUCACAUGGAGAGCGUGCUGCUGAUGGAGGACCAGCAGCCGUACGUGCAGGUGCCGGACGACAUACGCCAGGCGGUGGUGAUCCAGAGCGCCACGCUGGGCUGGGACGCCGUCACCGGCGAGCAGGCGGCCGGCCGACCCGUCCGGAGCGCUAACGGUGCGCCGAGUGCAGGGAGCGACGCGGCCGAGAUGGAGUCGCUGCAGCCGGCCCCGACGAUCGGCGCCAGGGAGGUGCUGCUCGACAUCGACCUCGUCGUGCCCAAGGGCACGCUGGUGGGCAUCUGCGGCGCUGUCGGCGCCGGCAAGUCGUCGCUGCUCUCGGCCGUGCUCGGACUGAUGCGACUCAAGUCGGGCCAGGUGGCUUUGGAUGGGUCCUGCGCAUACGUCAGCCAGCAGCCCUGGAUCCUGAACGCUACACUCAAGGAGAACAUCCGCUUCGGGCACAGCUUCGACGCCAAGAGGUACUUCAUGGCUCUGCGGGCGUGCUCGCUGCACGAUGACGUCACCACGCUGCCCGGCGGCGACGAGACCGAGAUCGGCGAGCGGGGCAUCAACCUGAGCGGCGGCCAGAAGCAGCGUGUGGCGCUGGCGCGCGCCCUCUACGCCGACCGAGAGAUUUACUUGUUGGACGACCCGCUGGCGGCCGUGGACUCGCACGUCGGCAGGCACAUCUUCCAGGAGUACAUCCAGACGGCGCUGGCCUCCAAAACGGUGCUGUUCGUCACUCACCAGUUGCAGUACCUGAGCCAGUGCGACACCGUCUGCCUGAUGAAGGAGGGUCGGAUCGUGGAGAGCGGGUCGCACGAGCAGCUGGUGGCAGCCGGCCGCGAGUACGCCGCCCUCAUUAGCACCUACGUGCAGGAAGAGGACGAGGAGGAGGCGCAGCCGGGCGAGCCAGACACGGACCUGCUGCUGGAGGUGGCCGCAUCAGGGAGCUCGCUGGAUCUGGCGGGCAGCGCCGGCCGGCAGCGCACCACCUCGCGCCACUCGGAGCUGUCGCGGCGCCGCUCCUCCCACUCGGGCGCCUCGCACCAGUCCCUGGACAAGGUCAACCCGGCCAAGAGCGGCUCGCCGGCGGCGGCGGGAGCCCAGCUGAUUGCGGCGGAGAAGCUGGAGGCUGGCGCCAUCUCUGGACGCACAUACAAGGCUUACAUGCAGGCGGGCGGCGGUUACGUCAUGGUGGCGCUGGUGAUGGUGGUGUUCAUCGUGAACGUCGGCUCGGCGGCAUUCUCCUCUUGGUGGCUGUCGCACUGGCUCAACCAGGGCUCAGGGAACACGACCAUCCGCGUGGGCAACGCGACGAUGGUGAGUGAUCAUAUCACCGAUCACCCGCGCCUCGGCUUCUACCAGCUGGUCUACGGCUUGUCCGUCAUCAUCAUCCUCAUCACCAGUCUCAUCCGUGGCUUCUUCUUCAUGAAGCUGACCCUGACGGCCUCCAGCCGGCUGCACGACCGUCUGUUCCACAAGCUGCUGCGCGCGCCGAUGCUGCUGUUCGACACGACGCCGGCCGGACGGCUGCUGAACCUGUUCUCGCGGGACCUGGACGAGAUUGACGUGCGCCUGCCGUUCACCACCGAGACGUUCCUUCAGAACACACUAAUGAUCCUGACCUCGCUGUUCUUCGUGGCGCUCGUCUUCCCCUGGUUCCUGCUUCCGUUGGUCGUCAUUGCGGCCGUCUUUCUCGGCAUCCGCACUGUGUUCAACGUGGGCGUUCGCGACCUGAAGCGACUCGAGAACGUGACCCGAGCGCCGACCUACAGCCACGUCAUCACCACCGUGCAGGGGCUGGGCACCAUCCACGCCUUCGGCAAGGAGCGCGAGUUCACCAACAAGUUCAUGGGACAGUUUGAUGAAAACUCAGCCGCCCUUUUUCCUGUUUAAUUGUUCCAUGAGAUGGGUUGCCAUCCGUCUGGAUAGUCUUACAGUGACCAUCACGGCCCUGACGGCGGUGUUCGUGCUGGCGACGCAUGGCUCGGUGCCGGCGGCGUUCGCCGGCCUGGCGCUGGCGUACGCCGCGCAGCUGUCCGGCCUGUUCCAGUUCACCGUCCGGCUGAGCAGUGAGACCGAGGCGCGCUUCACCUCCGUGGAGAGGAUCGACGCGUAC